CAAUGCAUGCGGUAACUGACUUAUGUUGCAAUAAUUAUAGUAAUUAUGAAUGGCUGCCUCGUAGAAUAACUAUAUAUGGAAUGAGAGCGGUGACAUUUCUACUAUAAAUGCAAGCGCAAACAGCUGUUGACACUCAACUCAGAUAAUUAAAACAUCUCGUCAAGAACCACUUCAAACAAUGAAGACAGUUUUUCUACUAGUACUGAUAAAUAUCUGCACUGGAAUGCCAGUAAGCAGGGUGCAGCGAAGUUCAAGUGAUGCAGACCAACCUAGCAGACUCUGUAGCUCUGGACCAGCACCACUACAUGAAGCAGCAAUCGUCACAUCCAAAUCAGAGAGAGGAAUAAUAUAUGUGGACCCUCUACACCCCGUGACGUGUGAAGGGAGAGUGGACAUGAUCGAAGCUUGCUACACGGUCAAUAACAACUUUGCUGGAGGCUACUCCAUUGAUCUAGUUGUACUUAGACCCAUCAGUGAUGGUUAUGUGUUACAACAAGAGCUUGAUUUGCCGAUUGUCCAAGCUAGUUUAGGAAACGUCUUAAGCUGCCAGAACUUCACUGUACCGAGUGUACUCAGUGUAGAAGAUGGAGACUUGGUUGGAUUCAGAGCCAAAAACAAAAUCGAAAUUGCAUUCACAUUGCAAGGUUCAAUACAAUCAGUGAAUAUUCAGCCAAUACUUGGGGAGUCUACACAAGCAGAACAGCUAAGAGUGGAAAGCAGAAGUAGGAAUGAGUUUCCAAUGUUUAGAGCUUUCAUAGCCAAUGAUAUACAAAAUAGUGAGCAACCACCAGAGACAACACCAUCUAACAGUCCUACCACCAUUACAGACAGUGAUGUCGAUGGUGGAGAACAAUGGCCUGAACUCAACUUUGACAACACCUACAACACAAUCUUCACCUCGUUCGUCAUUGCAUCAGCAGCAGCUGUGCUUAUUAUCGUACUUCUUCUCCUUUGUACAUGUUACCUGGGAAAAGGUCUUUGUCAAGAGCGGCAUCAGUGCCUCUAUAAGAUAUGCUGCUGUUGUUUUAGUGGACAAAAGAAAAAGAACAAAAAAGGGCUCAUCAGAAGAGUGAUCAAUGUGUAGCUCUUGCAUGAAGGUGUCAAGCAAGUACCAUACUCAGAAACUAUUGUGUCACAUGCUACAUUGCAAUAAUUUCAUCAUAGUCGUUGUCAAUUCAUCACAUGACCUACAUUCACAGCCAUAAUUAUUGUUAGUUGUCACGCCAAUUCAUAUUCAUCAUAAUAUUCAGUUCUAAUACAA